AUGCCAUUGCCGCCUGCAGCAGAAAAAUUAUUAAGUGAUGUGGAUAAGAAACUACACGAAGAAAAUCAAGUGAACAGAGUUCUGGAGCAGAUCGAAACGAAAACUGGAGUUAAAAGGCUGCAUAUCGUUAUCGGAUUUAUUGGCUUGCAUGCGCUAUAUUUGAUAUUUGGACGUUUUGCUGAAUUGUUGUGCAAUAUUAUCGGUUUCGUUUAUCCCGCUUAUAUCUCGUCAGUAAUGAAAGCAAUUGAAUCAUCAAGUAAGGAUGAUGAUACCCAGUGGUUAACAUAUUGGGUUGUGUUCGCUUUGUUCAGUAUUCUUGAAUUUUUCUCGGAUAUUUUCCUUAAAUAUUUCCCGAUUUAUUGGCUUGUCAAGUGCGGUUUUCUAUUAUAUUUAUAUUCGCCAAUGACGUUGGGUGCGCAGAAAAUUUACCAUCGUUUCCUUCAACCCUUCAUUCGUAAGCAUCAUAUGUCAAUCGACAAACAUAUUGGAGAAGCUGCUGAUAAAAUUGGAGAAAAAUUGAACGGUUAA